CCCUUACAGGUGUGGUUCAGCAGCAGGAGGAGGAGGAGAGGGACGCUCAGUUGAGUCAUGCAGGAGAGACAAGGCACCCCUCUGGGGACACUGCAGCCACAGACUCGCUGUCUGCGAUGUGGGGACGUGCUGGAGUGGUCAGAGGAGCACAGUGUCCUGCUUGGCUGCUCCUGCUGCUCGACAGUGGAUGAGACGCUGGAGAAUGUAGCCAGAGGCAUGGCCAGCAGAAUGAAGAGGGAGAAGAGUCACUGGGCAGCCGGAAGAGUGGGCGACAUUGACUUCGUUGGCCCUACAAAGACGAGAGGAAAGUUUGUGAGGGUGUGCAGCAACACAGACCCGGUGCUGAUCUACCAGAUGCUGAUAGAGGAGUGGGGCCUCGCUCCCCCACACCUGGUAGUGGCUCUGGUGGGAGGAGAUGAGCUGACUCAGAUGAAGCCCUGGCUCAGGGACACUCUGAGAAAAGGACUUGUGAAGGCUGCACAGAGUACAGGGGCAUGGAUUUUGACUAAUGGCCUUCGCUUUGGCAUCACCAAGCACUUGGGCCAGGCGGUGAGAGAUCACUCGCUGGCCAGCACCUCUUCUAAAGUCCGUGUAGUGGCCAUUGGCAUCGCACCCUGGAACAUGAUCCACAACCGAGAGGCACUACUCACCAGCCACUACGCCAAGGUGGAUGAGCCUGCAGUAUACAAGCCACAGGACUUACCUCAUGGUUCGGUGUAUUCCCUGGACAGCCACCACUCCCACUUUGUGCUGGUGGAGGAGGAUCCCAACAGACCAGGAGCCACCAGUGAAAUGAGGGUGAAGCUGCUCAAACACAUCUCUCUUCAGCGCACUGGUUAUGGAGGCACAGGCAGUUUCGAGAUCCCUGUUCUGUGUCUCUUGGUCCACGGGGAGCCCAGGAUCCUAAAGUGGAUGUACAAAGGCAUUGGCAAUUCGACACCAUGGCUGAUCCUGGCAGGCUCAGGAGGCGUGGCUGACAUCCUCGUCACGCUGAUGAAUAGGGGCUGCUGGGAUAUGGACAGUGUUCAUGAGCUGCUGCUGGACACCUUUCCAAAUGCCCACCACAGCACAGACAUCAGUAACUGGGUCAAGCUGAUUCAGAAGAUACUCGAUCAUGGGCAUCUCCUUACCGUCCACGACCCCGAACAGGAGAGCUCUGAGCUGGACACGGUCAUCCUCAAAGCUCUAGUCAAGGCGUGUAAGAGCCAAAGUCAGGAAGCUCAAGACUUCCUGGAUGAACUGAAGCUGGCUGUGGCCUGGAACAGAGUGGACAUUGCCAAGAGUGACAUCUUUAAUGGGGAUGUGGACUGGAAGGCAUGCGACCUUGAAGAGGUGAUGAUGGACGCACUGGUCAAUGACAAACCCGACUUUGUGCGCCUCUUCGUGGACAACGGCGUGAACCUGGGCGAGUUCCUUACCUACGGUCGUCUGCAGGAGCUGUACUGGUCCGUGUCGGAGAAGAGCCUCUUUCACAACCUGCUCCUCAAAAAGUACGAGGAGAAGCAGCUUCUGCUCGGAGCUGCCAGGACACCUGGUCCACCUGGACACCAUCCGCCUGAGCAAGGGGACCGGAAACCCCGCUUCACCCUCUUCGAGGUCGCCAAAGUGCUGAAGGACUUUCUCCACGACUCCUGCAAAGGCUUUUACCAAAAGACUCCCACAGAGAAGCCAGCGAAGGGUCGACUGUUCCACACCCAGAAGAACCUGGCCGAGUUAGAGGAGCGCUGUGAACAUCCUUGGAGAGAUCUCUUCCUCUGGGCCGUCCUUCAGAACCGACAGCAGAUGGCCAACUACUUCUGGGCUAUGGGCCCUGAGGCGGUUGCGGCAGCGCUGGCGGGUUGUAAAAUUCUGAAAGAGAUGGCACGACUGGAAUCUGAGGCUGAAUCUGCACGAAGUAUGAAGGAGGCGAAGUAUGAGCAGUUUGCCCUUGAUGUCUUUGGAGAGUGUUACUCCAACAGUGAAGACAGAGCUUAUGCUUUGUUAGUGAGGAGAACACACUGCUGGAGCAAAUCUACGGUCCUUAACUUGGCCACUGAGGCAGAUGCCAAGUCCUUCUUUGCCCACGAUGGAGUUCAGGCUCUCCUCACAAAGAUUUGGUGGGGGGCGAUGACGACAGACACGGCCAUCUCCAAACUGGUGGUGUCUUUCUUCUGUCCACCACUCAUCUGGACCAACCUCAUCAAGUUCAGUGAUGAGGAACUUGAUAAUCGUAAUAAAAGCGAGCAGUUUGUGGAGCUGGACAGUCUGGAUACAGAAAAGGCUUUACUGUUAACUGAUGACGAUGACCCUUUGGACUCUUCGCCUGGAGGUCCAGAAGCUCAGAGCUGUGCCUCCGUCUGGUGGCGUUUCUUGCUCCGCCGCUGGCGCCGCUUCUGGAGCGCUCCCGUCACCGUGUUCCUCGGUAACGUCAUCAUGUACUUCGCCUUCCUCUUCCUCUUCACCUACGUGCUCCUGCUAGACUUCCGCCCACCGCCGCCCCUUGGCCCCGGGCCCCAAGAGAUAAUGCUCUACUUCUGGGUCUUCACCUUGGUGCUGGAGGAACUUCGACAGAGCUUCUUCACGGACGAAGAGAUAAACAUCUUGAAGAAGUUCAAGCUCUAUGUAGAGGACAACUGGAACAAGUGCGACAUGGUUGCCAUCUCACUCUUUGUUGUUGGGGUUUCAUGCAGGAUGGUGAGCAACACGUAUGAGGCAGGAAGGACAGUUCUGGCGAUAGACUUCAUGGUAUUCACUCUGCGUCUGAUCCACAUCUUUGCGAUUCACAAGCAACUGGGACCCAAGAUCAUCAUUGUGGAAAGAAUGAUGAAGGACGUUUUCUUCUUCCUUUUUUUCCUGAGUGUGUGGAUGAUUGCGUACGGCGUCGCCACCCAGGCUCUUCUCCACCCCAAUGACCCAAGGAUUGACUGGGUGUUUCGCAGAGCCUUGUACCGCCCCUACCUGCACAUUUUUGGCCAGAUCCCCCUGGAGGAAAUAGAUGCUGCUCGCAUGCCUGAAAUUAACUGCACCGAUGACUCAGAGGAGAUUAUCAUGGGCCUACGGCCACCAUGUCCCAACAUCUACGCCAACUGGCUGGUCAUCCUGCUGCUGGUUAUCUUCCUUCUUGUCACCAACGUCCUGCUGCUAAACCUGCUCAUUGCCAUGUUCAGCUACACAUUCCAGGUAGUGCAGGGCAACACUGACAUCUUCUGGAAGUUCCAGAGAUACAAUCUGAUUGUGGAGUACCACAGCCGUCCAGCUCUGGCUCCACCCUUCAUCAUCAUCAGCCACCUCUCUCAGCUCCUCCUCAGCCUCGUCAAGCAGCCGGCGUCCAAGCAGGAGCAUCUUGAGAGGGAGCUGCCGGCGGGGCUAGACCAGAGGCUGAUAACAUGGGAGACGGUGCAGAAAGAGAACUACCUGGCCAAACUGGAACGCCAGCAUUGGGAGAGCAGCGAGGAGAGGCUCAAGAGUACCUCCUCAAAGGUUCAGAGCUUGCUCAGGAUUGUCGGUGGGUUCAAGGACCAAGAGAAACGACUGACAUCCAUGGAGGCUCAGGUCAGAUAUUGUGGCGAGGUGUUAUCCUGGAUGGCAGAGUGCUUCGCUCAGAGCACACUCAAGUGCGGGAAAGAAGCUCCAAGAGCUCCAAUUUCUCUAACAAGCGGCAAGGCAAGCAGCCCCACGGACGCACCUCAAAGUCAACCAGAAGAAGAAGUCAAACAAGAAGGGAGAGAAACCAGAUCAGGUCACUCAGGAUAUGGAGCUAACAAAAAAUUCCCUUACAUUGAUGAAUAA